AUGGCCGCAACAGAACACCAUACCUCUUCACCACAGCCCGACGCCGCAGCAGCUGUUAGCGCUAGCGAGGCCAAUGCGAACGCAGUCAGCACCAACGGGAAUGGCGGCGACGCCGCACCCGGUGCCGAAGCAGCCUCUUCGCCCAGCAAGGCCUCGGGUGGAGCAGCUGCUCCUCCCGAUCCAAACGCUCCACUCACUGUGCGCGCUCUGGUCAGCACAAAAGAAGCUGGUGUCAUCAUCGGCAAAGGCGGUCAAAACGUUGCGGAUCUGCGGGAACAAACGGGUGUCAAGGCGGGAGUUUCAAAAGUCGUCCAGGGAGUCCACGAUCGUGUCUUGUCUGUGACUGGCACAGCAUAUGCGUUCAUUGCCAAGACGAUUCUUGAUAAUCCUGUCACGGCGGCCGCUGCACCCGGAGAGAGCACGACGCCUACCACGGGUACGCUUACUUCCAUCCGGCUGCUGAUCUCACAUAAUCUGAUGGGUACGGUGAUUGGUCGUCAAGGUCUCAAGAUCAAGCACAUACAAGAUAUCUCGGGAGCCAGAAUGGUCGCCUCCAAAGAGAUGCUACCUCAGUCCACUGAGCGCAUUGUGGAAGUGCAGGGAACGACAGAGGCCAUUCGUGUCGCGAUUCAAGAAAUCAGCCAGUGCCUUCUGGAAGACUGGGAGCGGGGCCAAGGUACUGUUUUGUACCAUCCGGGACAGGCAGACGGCGCAGGUGUGCUUGCUGCGGGAGGUGCAGGUGGUCUGCAACCUCAGACUGGUGGCCGUAGAACCAGCGGAGCGUACCUCGCCGGGGCCAUGUCGUCUAUGACUCUUGGCGCCGGAGGCUCGCACAUCUCAGCAUUCGGAGCUCCGACUGGCGGUAGACGCACUUCGCAGGGAGCAAAUGGCGAUAGUCGAAAGGCUGCGCCAGUAGCUUUAGACGCUGCUGCCAUCGCGGCUGCCGGUGGUGCCGCAGUCACGCCUGGGGGAGGCCUGCUUACGGGAGCGCCAAUCUCUUUGGCACCCGCGGUGACCGUGGACCCCGCCAACAUGCGAACACAGAACAUAAGCAUACCUUCUGACAUGGUCGGAUGCAUCAUUGGCAAAGGCGGCUCCAAGAUCACCGAGAUCCGUCGCUUGAGUGGCUCUCGAAUCUCGAUCGCCAAGGUGCCCCACGACGACACAGGCGAGCGUAUGUUCACCAUCCAAGGCACUCCAGAGGCAAACGAAAAGGCACUGUUCCUGCUCUACAAUCAACUUGAGAGCGAAAAGGAGCGAAGGACGCAGACUGUACCGGAGGAGGAUAUCGAUGCGGCUAACGCUGCCAACAAAAAGGACGAGACCACCACGGCAUGA